AUGCAGAUCCGGACUGGGCACGCUUUACGAACUGCAUGUGCAGCUCUGUUGCUUCUGGACAUCUGUGAGGCAAGUUACUCUUGUCCAGAGUAUAGCGAAAUCCGGCAACCGUCAGUGUCCUCCAAGAUGUUCAACAUCUCCAGUUUUGGUGGUACAUGGUACAUGGUUGCUACGACUGAACCGACGAUGCCUCCUUUUUGCACUUGCAGCCACAACGAUGUGCAGAUACAUGAGCUCGAAGGAUGGUAUGCCUACACAAGCCAUGCGACGUGUGAGGGAAAAAUCCCCAUUUCAGUGCCUGUGAAAGGGGAGUUGUCGAAAGACCCAAGCAGUCCGGGACUGUUGCAUGAAAAUUUUGGUUUGUUCAACCACACCAUGAGCAGCCUUGAUCCAAACAUGAUCUUCGAGGCGCAGUACAAUGAGCGCGGUGAAAUGGUGUUAGCCAUGACCUACGCAUGUCUGGGGAGGCUCCUGCCAGUUCCUCCAAUCGGGGAGCCGAAGUUCUCUUUCAACGUGUUGUCUCGUCGCAGAAACUGGACUACCAGUGAUCUCCGGGAGGUUGUCGCGAAUGCUACCAAAGCCACACAAGGCUUGUUGGACGUGGCCAAUGUCCGCUUUGCAGACCAACAGACAUAUGACUCCUGCGCAUCAGACAUCACUGUGUGA